UUCUUUUAUUGUGUUAAGAAAUUAGAUCUUUUUAGACUAUGUUCGAAUGCCUUCGUGAUUGAUAAAAAAUACUCUUGGAAUGAACAUUUUUGGAGAGGUUAUUUUCAAGUGUUUGGGUCUCAAGGGUGUUGCCUUGAUAUAGUUUUCCAUAUAAAUGUUGCUGGCAUUAUUGUAUCAGCCAGGAUAUUUCCUAUUGGUAUAUAUUAGUAGGAAGGAUAUCGCUUAGCAUUCAUAUUAAGAAAUAAAAUACACGUACAAUACAAAUAAUAUUCUUGCGUCUAAUUAUUUUCGAAGACAGCGUAACCGCAAUCAAUUAUAGCCUGGGGACGAGUGUGUAUAGUCGUGAAGGGCGACUGUACGCAGGCCUCGGACUGAUAGUGUUUGUGAUACGUAGAGCGCAAGGGCGGGCGUUAUCGAGCGUGGGCGGCCGCGCAUGUCACUCCACUCGCCUUCAAGCCGCGGCCUCGCGAUAUGCACUACGCGGCAUAUCCUACUAAAAUACUAACCGCACGAAUUACGCUCGCGUGCGACAAGCAAAUAACGUAGAACAAACAAUGCGAGCCGCUGCAAUAUAAGUUAGAGAUAUUCACGUGAUAAUUAUGUCAAGCAAUAUUAUAGUAAAGUAUGAGUACAGUAGUUCUAUUGUAUAAAUUCGGCCGACAUAAUACAAACAUAUCACGACCAUGGACGUUCAAAAGCAACAAUUAUGUCCGCGACUGGUGGAUUAUCUAACUAUAGUUGGGGCACGGCCAUACACAACUGGAAAAGGAUUAGCUCCUGUACAGGCUCCAGAACUUCUGCGUCGGUAUCCGCUCACCAACCAUGACGACUUUCCCUUGCCACUCGACAUGGUGUACUUCUGUCAGCCCGAAGGCUGUGUGUCGGUGGCACAAAGGCGACAGCUUGCGCAUAUCGCUGCUAGGGACACCACGUCUUUUGUUUUUACGCUCACUGAUAAAGAUUCGGGUAAAACUCGUUACGGAAUCUGCGUCAAUUUCUACCGUGCGGUAGAACGGGCGCCGCCGCCGGGUCCCCGUGAGCGUGGAAUAUUAAGGCGCGAGUCUUGGCGCAAAUCUAUGGAAAGAAGUUCUGACUCUGCGUUCUCCAGUGACUAUAGGAGCAGCAACCUAGCGCCAAGUGACUCGGAGCGCGAAUGCAGUGCGCCGCGGUUGGCGCCCGCACCUGAUUCAGAGAGCGGCGGCGAACACUCGCCCAGCCCAAGGGCAACUAGGAAACGCCAGCGUAUCCGAAAUCAUUCAUUAACCUCCCUUUGUCUUUUAUCUCAUCAUCCAUUCUUCUCAACAUUCCGAGAGUGCCUAUUUAUCCUUAAAAAAUUGAUAGAUGCCUGUAAUGAGUCUUCCAGUCCGCGACGCGUUGGAGCGUCCAGACAAAUAUUUAGAGAUACAGUAUGGUCAGUGUUAACUGGCCAAGCCUACGACAAUACUCCCACAAUAGUGUUACACGACGUAAAGGAGAUCGAGACAUGGAUACUGCGUCUCCUCUCCGCUCCCGUGCCCGUGCCGGGGAAAACUCGCGUGGAAUUAGAAGUUCUGUCCAACACUGCGCAUGCACCGCUUGUGUUUGCUCUGCCGGAUCAUACGCGGUUCACUCUUGUGGACUUUCCUUUGCACUUGCCUUUAGAAUUGCUUGGUGUGGAUACCUGCCUCAAAGUUCUCACUCUGAUUCUUCUGGAAAAUAAAGUGGUGGUACAAUCGCGUGACUACAACGCCCUCUCGAUGUCCGUAAUGGCGCUGGUGUCUAUGUUGUACCCGUUAGAGUACAUGUUCCCAGCGAUACCAUUGCUGCCGAGUUGUAUGAGCUGCGCAGAACAAUUGCUAUUGGCUCCUACCCCGUUCUUGAUUGGAAUCCCUGCUACGUUCCUCACGUAUAAGAAGAACUUUAAAUUACCAGACGAUAUUUGGUUAGUGGACCUGGAUGCUACCAAGUUAACAUCCCCCACUGGAGCCGAUCAAGAACUUCCACCUCUCCCGGAACCGGAGAGUUCAGUUUUGAAGAGUCAUUUGAAACAGGCUAUGCAACUCAUGGGGGCGGCUGGAACUGGAGCGUUAAGCAGUCUCACAAAUACAUCCGCGGAACAAGCAGCCGCACCACUUAUGCCUUCUAGAAGAGAUAGUGUUGGAGGUGCUACACUUAAAGUGCAAAACCCAACGUUCAAAGACAUGCAAGGCUCGCACAGCACGCCGGAGAGCCGGCGCGUGUCGGUGGGCAGCGCGGCGCACUCGCAGCGGCACUCGUUCGCGUCCGCGCACUCGCCGCAGUCGCUCGCGUCGCACUCGCCGCACUCGCCGCAGCAGCCGUUCAACCCGCUUAUCUAUGGGAACGAUGUGGACUCAGUGGACGUGGCUACUAGGGUUGCUAUGGUCCGUUUCUUCAACUCUCAGAAUGUACUGGCCAACUUUAUGGAACACACUCGAACGUUGCGAUUAUACCCCAGGCCUGUUGUUGCGUUUCAAAUCAACAGCUUUCUCCGAUCGCGUCCUAGGACGUCUGCCUUUUUAAACAAAUUCGCCAGAACCCAGGCAGUGGAGUUCCUAGCGGAGUGGUCGCUGACGCCGCACAACGUGGCGUUCCUGCGCGUGCAGACCGGCGUGCUGGACCCGCGGCAGGUCGGCGACAAGCCCAAGUGGUUCGCGGACGGGCUGCAGCCGGUGCGCUUCGCCGUGUGGGACGACGGCAGCUCGCUCAACGGCGCGCUGCGCCAGCUGCAGCGGCAGGAGAAUCAGCCCACUGAUGAAAGUGGUUCCGAUUCCGAUGGAGCGGAAAGCACAAGCUCUUCUUAUUCAUCUCUCAGUGAUUUCGUUUCCGAAAUGGCUUCGUCAGAUUUAUCUCCAGGGGGUAUACAGCAUGUUAUUGGAGAAACUUAUAAUGCUGUUGUACAAGUUCCAAUGACGCUUUCUUCGUCUCUUGAUCCUAAAACAGUAUAUAGCCCACCAUCUUCACUUAUGUUUGGAGAUGAAGAUCUCGAGGAACGCAAGGAACAAGGACGGGAGUCCACGUCUCCAUCACCUUCUGGAUCUAGUUCUGACCAUAGCGAUUUGUCUGAUGAUGAAGUAGCUGCAGAGGGCAAAGACGAUGCUGUAGAUCAUGCACCACCGGUUAAAAAGAGUGACACGGACAGCGGUAGUUUCGGUCGGGAGUCUGACUCCAAUUCCACCACCACCCCGGCUACCGUUGUUAGGGCUGAUCAUACUCCAUCACACAAGACGCAGUAUGCUACAAGAACUAAGAGUUCUGGAAGCGGAGUCUCACGACAAGCGUCGCAAACCUCGCUUCUGGAACAAUUUGCAGCUCAGGCAAAGGAAUUAGUCCGGGAAACUACUCGACAAAGUAGUCAAGAAGGACUCUUGGCUCAUAUGGACAAGAAAGGACAAGUAGAGCAAGGAGAGGAAAAGAACAUAUUUGCUCCCUUCGAUAAGCUAACAUCUCACGCCAAAAAAGCAGCUGAAGAAGCUUCUAAAAGUGUACAAGAGGCCUCGAAAUCUGCUUUAGAAGCAAGUAAAACUGCUACUGCAGUGAGUAAGAAUACUCUAGAGGAUCUCACUUACGUCGGCAAGUCCACUUUAGGGGAUCUCACUAAGAGCGCCAAAGAAGCCGCUGCUAAAAAGGGAUUAUUGAAGGGAGAAAGUCAAGAAGGUCCUGGACCAAUGGGACGCAGAGAAUCCGGCGCGCUACAAACAACAACGUUACUGGCCACAACGCACCGAGAUUUCUUCUCUAACAUCAGUUCCGAUCUGAACGGUCUCGCUGCUUCCACUUCAAGCAUGUUUAGCGAUUUCUUUGGUUCGAAAGGCAAGCAGGCGAAAGCCGCGGAGACGCCGACGUCGGCGCCGCUGUCGGCCACGUUCGGGCCGUUCUCGCAGGGCGCGCGCGGGCUGGUGCAGCGCUCGCCGCUCAUCCGGCACGCCGCGCCCGCGCCCGCGCCGCCGCAGCUCGGCCCGCGCUCGCCCAACACCGAGAACCAGGCCUUCCUCAACGAUCUCAUUCAACAUGUUUUAGAAGGAGAAGGUGUGGGAUGGCUUAAACUAAACCGUUUAAAAAAGUUAAUGGAAGAUGAGUCAUAUAGAAACAUGGUACUCAGUAAAUUAAAUAGAAACAUAAACCGUAAAACAACACCUAACGAUAAAGUGGAAGAUGUGUUUGUGAGUAAGCCUGUAUGGAAAGGAAUGUUAAAAGUUCUUCAAGCAGUCGUCCAUGGUUUAGAGCACACGUAUUCCAAUUUCGGUUUAGGAGGAAUGGCAUCAGUAUUUCAAUUAACUGAAAUGGCGCACACUCACUAUUGGAGUAAAGAAGUAGCAGGUUUGGAACAGGGUGGGAUGGGGGGUUCCGCUUUAUCUGAACAAUAUAGACAAGAUAUGGAUACUCCUUCAUCUACUCCGUCAUCGAGGAAAAGUUCUCAGUCAGAUAUGCCAGUUUUAAACUACCCCGAAAUGGAUGCGAACGAGGGUGCAACUACAACAGAAAUGUUCAAAGACAUGUUGAACUCAAAACGGAAUCUCUUAUUCAGCAAACUGACAUCAUUCGAUUCUGACGCGCGGCCGGCGGAGGGCGGCGCCGGGCCCGCGCCCAACGACCGCACUUUUAAAUCCAAUCUGUCCGAUUCCGACGCAAUGUUCCUCGAUUUUACCCAGGUUUGCCGCGGUACCCCAAGUAAGCCUCGAACAGCGAGUGUAUUUUCUUCGAAGUCAGCAACGAGCUACAAGCCUCAAGUUGGAGUACCCACUACCUCACCUCUCACCUCGCCCGAUACCGCUCGAACGUAUUUGUAUCAGGGACUGAUAGGUAAAGAAAGAUCAAAUUUAUGGGACCAAAUGCAAUUCUGGGAGGAUGCGUUCCUCGAUGCAGUCAGUCAAGAGCGUGACAUGAUUGGAAUGGAUCAAGGAGCCAACGAAAUGAUGGAGCGGUAUAAAUGUCUCAGCGAAACUGAAAGGAAACGCCUGGAGCACGAGGAAGAUCGUUUAUUAUCCACAGCUUUAUAUAACCUGACUGCAGCAAUGGUCCUGUUUAACGUAGAAGCUGACAUCGUUCGGAAUAAAGUGAGACGAUUGUUGGCCAAAAGUCAUAUUGGGCUGGUGUAUAGCCAGGAAGUGAAUCAUCUUCUUGAUGUUGUUCAUUCUUUGCACGGUAACGACAUAGAACUGAAGGCGUUAGGAUCUCGACAAGCUCGGCGUGCUUCAUUCACAGUGCACGAACGGGACGCGGGGGGUCCAUUGCGUUUCAUGGAAGUGCGCACUGAUGGUCUCGUGCUCAGAUCUACACAAGGAACAAUCGUUGAAAGAUGGUGGUACGAGAGACUGGUCAAUAUGACUUACAGCCCGAAAAUACGAGUAUUGUGCCUUUGGAGGAAGAACGGUGGUCAGACGCAAUUACAUAAAUACUAUACAAAGAAGUGCAAAGCGUUAUACUAUAGCAUUAAAGAGGCAAUGGAGAAAAGUGGUCGGCGGCAAGAAGCCGCCGAGUUGGGAGGAGAGUUCCCGGUGCAAGAUUGCGCUUCCGGCGAAGGUGGUCUUAUACAGGUUUGCAUGGAGGGCGUCGGGCUGCUGUUCCACCACAGCAAGGAUUUCGAGUUCUUUGUGCGGCUCGAUCACAUUCGAAAGUGCUUCACACAGAAUGGUGGUAUCUUCGUUUUAGAAGAAUUUAAUCCCAAGACGAGACAAAUCACUCAACGGAAGUACAAAUCAGUCAUGGCGGAUCAGAUAUGUUACGCGGUGCUGUGUGUGUUUUCGUACUUCGCUGCGGGUCAAGAGCAAAAGAAAGCUAUUCUCGAACAAGCGGCUAGGAUUCCACCAGUCCAUCCACAACCUAAUGCUGACAAUACGAAUGUCCAGUCUCGGACUACGGCAUCAUCUACACAAAUCACUCAGGAGAGAGCAGACGCCUCUGGUCGCACAGAGGACGCGUCGAGGAGCGCAAAGACGCGCGUGCCGCCUGACCGGCAGCCGCGCGCGCUGCCCGACCGCCCCGAGCGCCACGCGCCGCGCUCGCUGCCUGAGCGGCCUGACGCGAGAUCUGAUUACGUGAACCAAGCGCAAAGGCGCGAAAGCAUUGAAAGACGGGACGAGAACGUGGGCGCAAGCUCAGACAGGGAGCGGGGCGAGCGGGGCGAGCGGGGGGAGAGGGGCGAGCGCGUGAGCCGCGCGGAGAGCCUGCCGCCGCGCCGGCCGCCGCCGCCCGCGCCCGCGCUGCGCCUGGCGCGCACCAUGUCGCACACCUCGCCGCACCGGACGCUCGACCCGCCGACGGUCGUCCCCACAAAGGCGGGCGGGCGCGCCGGCGCGCCAGGCGUCCGCGGGCGCGGGCACGUUCGCGCAGACCAACCCGUUCGCGAGCGCGCACCACGAGUUCGUCAUACCGCGCCGCCCCUCCACGCAACGCGACUAGACUAACCGACAACCGUUCAUACGCUGACGAUACAUAUUGCUAGUACUGCAGAACUGUACGUAACAAGAGCUUGCAGGAAAAACAAGGCCGACCGUUUGUUUGUCGAAACUACGUGCAAUAGCGAAAUUGAGCAAUUAUUUGAUGAUGACUUUAAAAACCAUUAAGCCGCUUAAAUUACCGAACGUGCUAAAGACACACUACUCUUUGUGGCGCAGUCGGGUCAGUCAAAAAAAUGCCUUGUUAAUCAAUCGUUCUAUGUUUUAUAAAUAAACAAUUCUUGCAGAAUUAUGUACAUAUUGUAAUCAAAAAUCAGUUUUAUUUAUUAAAAUUUACAAAGAUAACAUUAAUCCUUGUUUAAUUGUACAGUUUAUACCUAUAAUUGAAUUUUUAAAAUAAAGUUACAAAGUUUUGAAGUAAAUUUAGUGAAAAGAAAGCUUAUCGUGAAAUUCACCUUUAUUUUGUUGCCACACAAGCCUCAACGUGAAUCUAAAAAUUCUUGUUAAAAGAAGACCACAAAGUAAAAAAAAGGUAACCUAUUUUAUAGAUAAUGUUGAUUUAUCAAACGUACAUCACCCUAGUGGUUAUUUCAAAUUUUUUGUACGUAAGUACAUAGAACAUCUUACGACUGGCGUCAGCGUAUAAAUUUUUGCCUUAUUUCUUUCAAAAUCAUUGUGUUCAUGUCAUUAUCCAUUGUCAUUUACAUUGUCUUUAAUGAGACUGAAGAUUCAAGGCGACAUCUUCAUACCCUACUGAUUAUAUUUAAGUGUUUAUAUUUAGAAUAGUUAAAUUACUUAAAUUAUAUCCGUUAUGAACUUAUGACCUUUGCCUUGUUUCUAUUAUUAUAAGAAAUCAAUUUAAAUAAAUCACAUCUGAUCAUAAUAGUUUAUAGCCUUAAUUUAAAAUGUAUUAAUUGUAUAUUUUAUUCACAGAUAAUUUCAUAAUUGCAAAUGAAGAAUCAUGCAUAAUAUAUAUACCUAUAACACACUCGUAUAUACAUUGAGGGCAUGUGCAUAAUUAUAUUUUAAUAAUAAAUAGUCCACAAUUAUUAAAAGCAUGUUAUCUAUAUCACAUGAGUAUAAUAUAUAUAAUAAAAGUGUUAUUAGUUUAUUUAUUUAAUGAGUAUCAAAAUAAUGUUAUCAUAUUUAGCAGGAGUUGGCAAUACGUAGUUCCUAACCGAGAGUAUUUUUAUAGAACAAUUCAGAUAAAAUGUUUUAUCAUUCACACAAGCUUCGCAUUCACCUUACAUUCAUUACUUGUAUAUCCACAGGACACAAUUACACAAUAAAUAUAAAAGCAAUGAAAUAGUAUCACCUACAUCAAUGCUUACACUACCAUUCUUAUAAUAAGUUAAGAUAGAUGUUAAUUAAUAAUCAAUAUGGUAAUGAAGUAUAUUUUCAUAGAAAAUAAAUGAAAUGCGUGUACAAGCUAGCAAAUUACUGUUACAGCCUUAUAGAAUGUUAUAGGUAUUAGAAAAUGUGGGUACUUUGUGUAUUUCGUAGUAUGGUUAAGUUUAUCUAAACUUAUUGGAAAGAAAAGAUGCCUUUCGUUUAAAUGCUGAAUAACUAUAAUGUAACUCAUUCUAUUCACAUAGCAAUACCUAUAUAAUAUAUAAUAUUUACUUAUUUAAAAAAUGUAAUUUCCGAAUCUGUGAACUACAUAAUAUGUAUACCUGUCGUCUAAAAAGAUAAAACAUCGAAACCUUAUUUCAUUUUACGUUAUGUAUACAAAUUCAUAUGAUUUACUUACGUAUUUAUAUAUGCCGCAGACAAAUUGCAUAAUUAUGCCGUUUACAAAUAGCAUCGUCAUUAUAUAAAUAUAACAACAUAUAUACAUAAUAUGCCUAUAAUUCGAAAUCAGAAUUUUUUUGUUAUAACAAGAGGCUGGGUUAGGUUAGGUUCGUUUUAUUUUUAACUACCCAAAAACAGGAGGCCCACGAAGCCUGCCUCCGUCGGCCUUUGUACACGUUUGGAAAAGUAAAGUCUCAACAUAUUACAAAAUUCCGAACAUUUGUAAACUGCAUAAUCGCACAAUUUUCCUGCGACAUACAUGUAUUGCAGAUACAGAGCCAUGUUCAAUCCAAUUUAAAUUCAGUUGUUUGUAAUUAUGUCGAACUUUUUAUUCAGGUUCAGAAAAAUAAUGAAUUCAGGGUUUAUCAUGUAGUGGUUUUAAUUUAAAUAAAAUAUAAAAAUAU